AUGAAGGUUACCGCCGUACUCGCCCUCGCCUUGGCGCACGCCGCCCCGGCUUUCGCUGGCUACCUCUGCGUCACCAACAGCGGCAACCCGAACCCCAGCACCAACAUCUGCACCGCAGUCGGCGGAACCCCGGAGAAGAGCUACCCUGCGGCGUGCUGCGUUGAUGACAGCAAGUUCGGCGCCUACCAGCAGGGCUGCAAGGACAACGGCGGCAUCCGCGCGCAGUACACCUACAUCUGCUAA